UGAGGGUUUGGGAUGAGCAGCUCUUCCCGGCGGGGGGAACACGGUGUCCUGGAGCUGUGCCCGGAACAGGGGGGGCGACACUGGGAAUUGCCCCACCGGGCCAGGGGACCCCGCGGAGCAUCUUCCCAGCCCGCGCAGCCCUACUUCCCGCCCCUCCCCGUGUUUUGGGGGGCUGUCCCCUCCAUCCCCCCGUGUCCCCCCUGGGCUGGGCGGUGCCCCCGGGGGGAUGCCGCAGCCGCUGACGUCACGGCGCUCAGCCAAUGGGCGCGGGUUCUGGCGGGGUGGGGCGGGGGCGGCCCCGGUGGGGAGCGGGGCUGCUCCGGGGGGUCCCGGUGCCCCCCGCUCUCCUCAUGCAGGGCAUGGGGAGCCUCCGGCUGGGCAGCCGCGCCGUCAUGUACACGGCGGAGACCCUCCCCAAGGGCAAGAACCGCGUCAUGGGGACCAUCCAGAUUAUGACGGGAUUCCUGCACAUCGGCUUCGGGAUCGUCCUGACCACGCUCACCAAUGUCUACACCUCGGUCUUCGUCAUUGGAGAGAUCCCUUUCCUGGGCGGCGUGUCGUUCAUCAUCUCCGGGUGCCUCUCCAUCGGCGCUGAGAAGAGCCCCACGGAAUGCGCGGUGAAGGGCAGCCAGACCAUGAACGUCAUCAGUGCCAUCUUUGCGCUCCUGGGAAUCGUGGCCUUCAUCGUGGACCUCAACCUCAACGGGCUCUACCGCUCCAGCUUCAACUACUACAGCUAUCUCGUCCUGCUCGCAGGGAAUGGGAUUUCCAUCGUGCUGCUCAUCUUCACCAUCCUGGAAUUCUGCAUCGCCGUGGCCACCGCCAAUUUCUGGUGCCGGGCCACCCGCCUCAGCUCCAACGAGGCCAUGCUGAUCGUCCCCAGUGCCACCCGUGUGGAUCUGGCCGCGCCACCGGCGGAGCUGCCUCAGCCUCCCAGCUACAGCGAGCUGGCUGCUCCUGAAGUCUGACACCGAGGCUGUUGGAAUGGGAUCCUGCCUCCAUCGCUCCUAAAUCCCAGGGCUACGGCAUCCUCCUCCCACUGUGCUGCUGGCUGGGAUGUGCUGGUCCCCCCCAAAAGCCAGGGACACCCCCAAAUUCCCUGCCCCUCUGCCCCUGGGCCUGGUCUGAGGGGCUCCACUUGCUGGCUGCUAUGGGAAGGGGCUUCUCCAAGGGGGAAAUCUUGGGCAAUUCCUGCCUGUAAAUCCCUGGUGGGAUGCUGGGGUUCGCUCAUGUUGGGGUUCAGGAAUUCCUGGUGGUUUGGAGUGACCCCAAGGUGUGCUGGGAGCUGGGCGGGUCACCGGAGCAUCUACCUCGGCUCGUCCCCUGUUGGCUUCAUUUUCUCUUGGGAAUAAAUGCUCUCUCCG